AUGGUUCCCAUUCCGACAACCAAUCCUGUGUCGAUUCCCAAGAUCCAAUUUGACUUUGGUGUCGAAGACAUCCAUUCAAGAAAUAUCAGAGAACAUCGCAGGGAGGCAGUCAAAAAAGCCUUUCUGCAUACGUGGAAAGGGUAUAGAAAUCAUGCGUGGUUGAAGGAUGAGCUUGCGCCUGUAAAUGGCGGCGCGAAAACUACAUUUGGUGGAUGGGGUGCAACCCUGGUUGAUUCACUGGAUACCCUGUGGCUCAUGGAUUUGAAGGUUGAAUUCAAGGAGGCUGUUGCGGCGGUCAAGCACAUUGACUUUUCAUCCUCUGAAAUGAUGAUGUUGAACGUUUUCGAGACCAACAUUCGCUAUCUGGGAGGAUUCUUAGCAGCCUACGAUCUCACCAGGGGUGCCUAUCCGAUUCUCUUGCAAAAAGCCAUAGAAGUCGGAGAUCUUCUGUAUGUUGCAUUUGACACUCCAAACAGAAUGCCAGUACUCCGUUGGUAUUGGUCAGGGGCAAGAGAUGGCGACCCCCAGGAAUCAAGCAGCCGAAGCAUCCUUGCUGAACUGGGUUCCAUGUCCGUGGAGUUUACCCGGCUUUCACAAAUUACUGGAGACCCCAAGUACUACGAUGCCAUCCGGCGCAUCACAAAUAUACUUCAGGAACACCAACUUAGCACAAAGAUCCCUGGAAUGUGGCCGUUGUCAGUCGACACGCAAACUCUUUCUUUUGACAGGGAUCGCCAAUUCACCCUUGGCGGUAUGGCAGACUCGUUGUAUGAGUAUCUACCGAAAGAAUACCUCUUACUUCGUGGCCGGAACCAGCAGUACAAGGAUAUGUACGAAAAAGCUAUUGAUGUGGCCAAGAAACACAUUUUUUUCCGUCCAAUGACCAACAACAGUGACGACAUCCUAAUAUCAGGAGGUGGUUAUGUUGGAGGGAAAACAAGGGUCACCCUCAAACCUGAGAGUCAGCACCUCACUUGCUUUGCAGGUGGCAUGGUUGCCCUUGGUGCCAAGGUCUUUAACCGCCCUGAGGAAAUUGACGUCGGCAGGAAGCUCACUGAGGGUUGUAUCUGGGCGUACAGAACCAUGCCCAGCGGGAUAAUGCCCGAGGCAUUUGAGGUGGUCCCUUGCGAGGACUCAACAGAUUGCAAAUGGCAGCCGGGAUCGUGGUUUGUAAAUGAAGUCCAUUCCGGCGCCUCGCGUAGCGACUUUGCGCGCAUGGGUCAGGAACAAGGUAAGAUUGCUGGCUUUGCCGCAAUCAAUGACAGGAGAUAUACGUUGAGACCCGAAGCCAUCGAAUCCGUCUUCAUCCUUUACCGCAUCACCGGUGAUGAGAGUCUCCAAGAUAAAGGCUGGAACAUGUUUUCCGCCAUCGAGAAGCAUGCCAGGACGGACUUUGCCUACGGAGGUAUAGAUGACGUGACGUCGCAGAAACCGAUUGUUCUGAAUGAAAUGGAGUCCUAUUGGACAGGGGAGACGCUGAAGUACUUCUAUCUUCUAUUUAGCGAGCCGGAUCUCGCGAGUUUGGAUCGCUAUGUUUUUAAUACGGAGGCGCAUCCGUUGCUGAGGGAGUGA